CAACAAUAUUCAUCUUAAUUAAGCAGCUCUUGCUCUCUCAGCUCGAAACUUGAAGUUAUUACAUAUAGAAAAGAGAAAAUGGUGGAAAGAGAGAUUUGUGUUGACUUAAACAUGACCCCUUUGGAUGAAUAUCAUGGUGAAGAAGAUACAAUGGAUCCGAAAACGAGUCGGAGCUCAUCAAACAAUGAUAGCGGGAUCGAUGAUGAUCAUGAGGAAACCGGGAACAACAAGAAGGAGACAAUGAUGAGGUUAGGAUCAUCAUCUCACAAUAACGGUAACGGUAACAGUAGCAGCGGUGGGGUAGUACGACAAUACGUGAGAUCCAAAGUUCCAAGGUUACGGUGGACUCAUGAUCUUCAUCUUAGCUUUGUCCAUGCGGUACAACGUCUCGGAGGUCAAGAAAGGGCAACGCCCAAGCUGGUUUUGAAGCUAAUGAACGUUGAGGGACUAAGCAUUGCUCAUGUCAAGAGCCAUUUGCAGAUGUACAGGAGCAAGAAUGUUGAUGGUCAGGGACAAGUGAUAAACGAGGGAACAAUCUAUCCUACAUGGACUGCAAACAAUCUUCAACAAAACCUGUGGCAAUUACCAGCGUUUGAUCAAAGAAUAACAUCCAACUUCAGGUUCCCUAGAAGCAGAAACAAUGUAAACUGGAUAUCUUCAAGGAACAAUAUGACCAAUCUAAAUAGUGACUCAAUCUUUACUACAUCCCCGAAGGGGAAAAGUAGUAGAGAAUGUGACAGUACUACACGAUCAGCGCAUGACCAGUUACAUGGACAAAAUAUAAAGCUCAUGAUAAUGAGAAACAUUGGGAAUGGAGUUUCUUAUUCCCCAUUCAGAAAUUGGAACAAUUUUGGUGCAACAAAUGAGGACAAAGUUGCGGGAGAUAACGAGAUUGAUUUGAAGUUGAGCAUGGACCUGGUGGCUAUGAGAGAUCAUCAAGAUGAUAAUUUCAAAAGCAAAACGU